AUGGAGGAUGAAAUCGUACUCGUCCUUCCCGCUACCCGCCAAACCCUUUGUGGAGGGAGCCAAACCCGCCUAAACCGCAGCCCUCCCAACCCAUCUUCCUAUUUUUCUUCUGCGAUUCAACCCUCCAGCGGUUUCAAGAAACCGCUCAACACCCUCUUUUCUCUCUUGCUCUCCUCCCGCCCACCCCUCUCCUCCUUCCUGGUCAAACCCGCUCACUCCAACCCUCUACGAUUCCCUCCUCCCUUAGGAUGUCACUCAAAUGAGAAGAAAGCGUACUUGGCAUAUGUCUCAGAAGGACUCGGGAAUUUCCAUGACUGGAAUAUGGUGAUGAAAUAUCAGAUGAAGAAUGGUUCUCUCUUCAAUUCACCCUCAGCAACAGCUGCUGCUCUUAUUCAUAAUCAAAACGAUGGUUGUCUUGAUUAUUUAACUUCACUCUUGGACAAGUUUGGGAAUGCUGUUCCAACAGUUUACCCUCUUGAUUUAUACGUUCGACUUUGCAUGGUUGAUACACUUUAUAAAUUGGGAAUCACACGUCAUUUCAGGGUGGAAAUCCAAAAUGUUUUAGACGAAGCUUACAGAUGUUGGGUGGAGGGGGACGUGCAAAUAUUCAUGGAUGUUGUCACUUGUGCUCUAGCCUUUCGGUUAUUACGGAUAAAUGGGUAUGAAGUCUCAUCAGAUCCAUUGGCUAAAAUUACUAAAGAGGGGGAUUACAUGAGUUCAUGUAAAGAUCGUUUUAAAGAUGUAUAUGCAGCUCUUGAAGUGUUUAAGGCAUCGCAUAUUAUAUAUCAAGAGGAAUUGGGUUUCGGAGAACAAAAUUCGAUGUCGACUGAUUUCCUUAAAAAGGAAAUAUCCACUGCUUCUAACUCUAUUCACAGAGAGGUGGAUGAUGCACUUAAGCUUCCCUUCAAUGGCAGUCUAGAACGCAUGUCCACUAGAAGAAAUAUAGAGCAUUACAAUGUAGACAAUAGAUUAAUAUUGAAAACCACAUAUAGUUCAUUAAACAUUAGCAAUGAAGAUUUCCUAAGGUUGGCAGUGGAUGAUUUUAAUGCAUGCCAAUCUAUCUAUCGUGAAGAAAUAAAAGAUCUUGAAAGGUGGGUGAUGGAGUUUAGAUUGGAUAAGCUCAAGUUUGCUAGGCAAAAGACAGCCUACUGUUACUUCUCUGCUGCUUCAACUUUUCCCUCUCCUGAAUUAUCAGACGCCAGAAUUUCAUGGGCCAAAAGUUGUAUGCUCACGACAGUGAUGGAUGACUUCUUUGAUGGUGGGGGGUCUAUAGAUGAACUGGUGAACUUGGUUCAUACAGUUGAGAAAUGGAAUGUAGAUGUCCAAAAUGAUUGUUGUUCAGAGGAAGUUCGCAUUCUAUUUUUAGCAAUUAAGGAUACAGCCAGUUCGAAUAUAGACAAAGCUUUUAAGUGGCAAGAACGAGACAUAACAAGUCAUGUUAUUGAAAUUUGGGUGGAUGUGGUGAAGAGUAUGUUGAGAGAAGCUAUAUGGGCUAGAGAUGGUUCAGUGCCAACAAUGAGAGAGUAUAUAGAAAAUGGUUUAUUAUCAUUUGCUUUAGGUCCAAUUGUGCCUCUGGCUAUAUACUUUGUGGGGCCAAGAUUGUCAGAGGAGAUCGUUCAAAGUUCUGAGUAUCUCAAGUUAUUUGAGCUAAUGAGCACUUAUGGUCGUCUUCUAAAUGAUAUACAUACCUUUAAGAGAGAAUCGAAGGCGGGGCAACUGAAUGCUGUACCAUUGUACAUGAGUCAUAGAAAGAAUACUGGGAUUGGGGAACAAGAAGCUGUAGAGGAGAUUAAGAUGCUGAUGGAGAAUCAUAGGAGAGAAAUGAUGAAAUUAGUGUUGGAAACAAAGGGAAGUAUUGUUCCGAAAGCUUGCAAAGAUGCAUUUUGGAGCAUGUGCAAUGUGGUGAAUCUUUUUUAUGCAAAAGAUGACGGGUACACUGGAAAUGCAAUCCUUGAUGUUGUCAAGGAAAUCAUCUAUGACCCGGUAUACCACCGGUCAAUGCUCUAA